AUGAAUGAGCGAACGCCCUUGAUAUCAACAGUGCGGGUGACUCGUUCACCACACGGUUUCCGUCACUCGACCGUGCGCCGCUUCUGCACCAUCGCACUGGGCAGCACUCUCGUUGCGAUCGUGAUAUGCUUUCUACUCCCUUCUGCUAUUCUGCCUCGAGGUGACGACUCUGUCGCUUCUUAUCUCCCCUGGUUUAGACCAUAUCCGCGCUCAUGGCCGCACAGCAAUGGUAUUUCCUUCGAUGAACUCACCGAGAUCCUGUCGACAACACCGGACGAAGACAAGAUACGUUCAUGGAGCCAGUACUACACGGCCGGUCCACAUCUGGCUGGAAAGAAUUUGAGUCAGGCCAUAUGGACUCGGGAACGAUGGGAAGAGUUCGGGAUCAAGGCGGAAAUCGUGGCGUACGAUACUUACAUCAACUAUCCCGUUUCGCACCGAUUGGGUUUGCUGAAGGGCGAUAAACUGCAGUAUGAAUGCAGUUUAGCAGAAGACGUGCUGGAAGAGGACCCGACUACUUCUUUGAAAGAUCGUGUCCCCACAUUCCAUGGCUACUCUGCCAGUGGGAAUGUCACAGCACCGUAUGUCUAUGUCAACUUUGGGACCUUCCAGGAUUUCGAAGACUUGCGGGCAGCCAACGUCAGCUUGGAGGGAAAGAUUGCUUUGGCCAAAUAUGGCGGCAUCUUCCGUGGCCUCAAGGUCAAACGUGCCCAAGAAUUGGGGAUGGUCGGCGUCGUGAUCUACUCGGAUCCGCAAGAGGACGGCGAGAUCACCGAGGAGAAUGGAUACAAGCCAUAUCCCAAAGGGCCUGCGCGGAAUCCGAGCAGCGUUCAACGAGGCAGUACGCAGUUCUUAAGCACGCUUCCCGGCGAUCCUACGACCCCUGGCUAUCCCUCCAAGCCGGGAGCGCCUCGCGUCGACCCUCACGGCUCCAUUCCCCAAAUUCCUUCGCUCCCCAUUUCCUACCGCGACGCGCUUCCACUGCUUAAGGCGCUGAACGGCCACGGUCCGAAUGCGACCUCCUUUGGCAAACAUUGGGAAGGUGGUGGGCUCUCCCACAAAGGUGUAAACUACAACGUGGGUCCGUCUCCUAAGGGCGUCGUCCUCAAUCUGGUCAACGAGCAAGAGUAUGUCACAACGCCCCUAUGGAACGUUAUUGGAGUGGUGAACGGGACGAUACCCGACGAAGUCAUUGUUCUGGGAAAUCAUCGUGAUGCUUGGAUUGCAGGAGGCGCAGCAGAUCCCAACUCAGGCUCGGCGGCCCUCAACGAGGUCAUUCGGUCGGUUGGCCGAGCGCUGGAGGCCGAAUGGAAACCUCUCCGCACCAUUGUCUUUGCUAGCUGGGACGGCGAGGAAUACGGUCUGGUGGGUUCAACAGAAUGGGUUGAGGAAUACAUUCCGUGGCUCUCGAAGAGCGCGGUCGCUUAUCUCAACGUGGAUGUGGGUGCGCGAGGGAAGCAUCUCAGGGUUGCGGCGUCGCCAUUGCUGAACAAGGUCAUCUACAACGUCACUGCUGCUGUACCAUCGCCAAACCAAACCACCGAAGGACAGUCCGUGGGCGAUGUCUGGGAUGGUCAGAUCCGAACCAUGGGCUCCGGAAGCGACUUCACGGCAUUCCAGGACUUUGCAGGGAUCCCCUCCUUAGAUAUUGGCUUUGACAGUGGUCCCAAGGACCCGGUCUAUCAUUACCAUUCGAACUAUGACAGUUUUCAUUGGAUGGAUACAUACGGCGACAAACACUGGCAUUACCAUGUCACUAUGGCCAAGAUUUGGGCAUUGCUUGCUGCCCAGCUUGUGGAAACCCCGAUUUUGUCUCUGAGCGCCGCUGAUUAUGCCAAAGGGCUUUCGGCCUACCUCGAGGACGUCAAAGAAAAGGCCAUGGAGUACACGGCCAUGUCGGAGUUUAGUUUUCAUGAGCUCGACAAAGCUACGGCGAAAUUCCGCAAAUCCGCGGCGCACUUUGACGAAUAUACGCACAGCUUGGCGCAGAGGCUCGGCGAAAAUGUGCCCUGGUGGAAAUGGUGGAAGAAGGUCAAGCUCUUUUACGAGGUGCGCAAAGCGAACCAGAAAUACAAGGCCCUCGAACGACAGUUUCUUUUCCCCGGUGGUUUGGACAACCGGUCAUGGUUCAAACAUGUCGUUUUCGCCCCUGGGCGGUGGACUGGAUAUGCUGGGGCAACCUUCCCUGGCCUGGUGGAGAGUUUCGAAGACCGGAAUCUCACAAACGCAGAACGAUGGGAUCAUAUCAUCAGGGAACGACUACACGCAGCUACAGAUUUGCUCAAGUGA